GCCUCUGUCGCCAUCUCCUUUCGUCCAAGUUCGGGUGCUUGAAGCUUACGUGCGACCACACUUCCGCCAGGAAUCGACACGCCGUAGGGUCAUAUGAUUGACUCCUUUCCCCCUCCCAAGAUGGCGGAUAAGCUGCCUUCGGAGUUUGAUGUGGUGGUCAUAGGAACGGGUUUGCCUGAAUCUAUUGUGGCAGCUGCAUGUUCAAGAAGUGGCCAAAGAGUUCUGCAUCUGGAUUCGAGAGCUUACUAUGGAGGAAACUGGGCAAGUUUCAGUUUCUCAGGAUUAUUGUCCUGGAUAAAAGAGAACCAGGAAACGGCCAAGACUUGUGACGAAAGUGAAGCCUGGAAAGAACUGAUCCUUGAGAAUGAAGAAGGGAUUCCUCUUAGCAAGAAUGACCAAACCAUUCAGCAUGUUGAAGAGUUUUGCUAUGCCAGUCAGGAUUCAGCAGAAGACGUGGAAGAAGCUGGUGCGCUGCCCAAGUUCUCUGCCUCAGUUCCCCCCACCUCUAGCGAAGUUGUCGAGGAAGCUUGCGCUGCCACGGAUGAGGAGCACUUUCCUUUAGAGGGUCAAUCGUCAGGAGACAAAGGUGGAGAAGCCUCCCCAGAAAGUCCUGCUGGAAGCAAUGCAGAAUGUGCGGGCGACAGUGACAGUGUAGAAGUCAACUCUGUAGGAGAGGAACACGGUGGCACCAUAACCUCCGAUCAGUCAGUAUCAGGAACAGAAAACAACGAAUCUGCAUCAAUAACGGAUGCUACUGCUGAACCGAAGCAAAUUACUUACCCCCAAAUUGUUAAAGAAGGCAGGCGAUUUAAUAUUGAUUUAACUUCCAAGUUACUGUAUUCCCGAGGCCUGUUGAUCGACCUUCUGAUUAAGUCCAACGUUAGCCGAUAUGCUGAAUUUAAAAACGUCACCCGGAUUCUUGCGUUUCGAGAAAGGAGAGUGGAACAGGUCCCGUGUUCCAGAGCAGAUGUCUUCAGCAGCAAGCAGUUGUCCAUGGUGGAAAAGAGAAUGCUGAUGAGAUUCCUGACAUUUUGCCUGGACUAUGAAGAGCACCCAGAUGAAUAUCAAGCUCAGAAAGACUGUAAGUUUUCUGACUACUUGAAAACCCAGAAGUUGACUCCCAAUCUGCAGCAUUUCAUUUUGCAUUCCAUCGCCAUGGUCUCGGAGACAGACAGCUGCACCAUUGAAGGCUUGAAGGCCACACAGAAAUUUCUGCAGUGCCUUGGCCGCUACGGAAACACUCCAUUCCUGUUUCCUCUGUAUGGGCAAGGGGAGAUCCCGCAGUGCUUUUGCCGGAUGUGUGCCGUAUUUGGUGGUAUCUAUUGUCUGCACCAUCCCGUUCAGUGCCUUGUAGUGGACAAAGAAACCAGACGGUGUAAAGCAAUCAUAGAUCAUUUUGGUCAGAGGAUAAAUGCCAACUAUUUUGUUGUGGAAGACAGUUACCUUUCAGAGGAGACAUGGAGGAACGUGUGCUACAGGCAGAUCUCCCGAGCAGUUCUCAUUACCGAUCGAUCAAUACUGAAGACCGAUUCAGAUCAGCAGGUUUCCAUUUUGACUGUCCCACCCCUAGACCCAGGCCAGCCAACAGUUUGCGUCAUUGAGCUAUGUUCCUCGGCCAGGACAUGCAUGAAAGAUACAUAUCUGGUCCACUUAACUUGUUCAUCUAUCAAAACUGCUAAAGAAGACUUAGAACCUGUUGUGUGGCAGUUAUUCACCACAGGCACAGAAACAGAAAGUGAAAGUACAGAAGCUGGUGUGCAAAAGCCCCAAAUUCUCUGGUCAGUAUAUUUCAACGUGAGAGACUCAUCUGGCGUAGACAGGACUUCAUACGACAACUUGCCUUCCAAUGUCUAUGUGUGUUCUGGGCCGGAUGGUGCUUUAGACAAUGACUGCGCUGUCAUACAGGCCAAGGCUAUUUUUCAAGAGAUGCUUCCCAAUGAAGAAUUCUGCCCUCCACCUCCAAAUCCAGAAGAUAUUAUUUAUGAUGGAGAUGGGACUCAGCCAGAGGAUUCUGGAUUCAGCAGUGAGCCAGAAGCCAAACCAGAGACUUCAUCAGAACAGAGUAGUGAAGAGACUGAGGGACACCCUGAGGCAUGAGGUGACCCUGAAGCUCCUAAACUUGAUGAGCUCCAAAGAGAAGAACAAUGAAUAGACUGUCACACGCCUGUGUUGUCCCAGGGAUUCCAGUGGGACUCUUACACCUGUUUAAUAGCCUGAGCUGGGACAGGAAAGCCUUGUCCACAGUAACAAGCUUCAGCAUAUGACAUUUUUGUUGCAUUUUUUUUCUUGGAAAUACAUUUACCAUUUUGUGGAUAAGACGUUACUUCCUUCCACAGAAUCACAGUUUGCUGAAGCCAACAGCAGUGAAGCACGUAACUUGGUUUUCAUUACAACCAUAGCAGCAACAACAAAAAUACAAUUCCAUUCCCAGAAAGCAGCCAUUUAGGGUAGAUGAGAUGAGGGGAAAGUCAGCAUAUUUAGUGUUCUGGUAGCUCUACUUUGCCUGAAGAAAAUGUUCAAGUAUUAAGUUGUCUGUUUAGUUUGCCAUAAAGAAUAUCACCAAUGUGGCUUUGAAGCUCUGUUGUCGUAGAUUAUCUCCAGUAGACAUUCAGAAUAAAUUAGGUAUACUUGCCUUCUUUCAAGUA